UUGUCCUUAUUCCAGGAACAUCCCAACUGACAGCCAAAGACAUCUUAUACCGACUCCAGGCUUCAAAGGCCAAGUGCAUCAUUACCAGUGACACAGUGGCACCUGCAGUGGAAUCUGUUGUGCCUGACAGCCAGUUUCUGAAAAGUAAACUAAUUGUAGGCAAAGGGAGCAGGGCUGGGUGGCUGAACCUCAAAGAACUCGUUGCGAUGGCAUCUGCUGACCAUAAAUGUGUCAAGACAAGAAGUCAAGACCCAAUGCUGAUCUAUUUUACAAGUGGAACUACAGGCUUUCCAAAAAUGGUGGUGCAGUCCCACAGCAGUUAUGGCAUCGGAUUUGCAACCAGUGGCAGGCAUUGGAUGAACUUGACUCCUUCAGAUAUAAUGUGGAAUACCUCUGAUACUGGAUGGGUAAAAGCAGCUUGGGGCAGUCUUUUUGCACCAUGGAUCUGUGGAUCUUGUGUCUUUGUACACCACAUGCCACAGUUUAAGCCAGCAGUUAUUGCAGAGACUCUCUCAAGAUACCCCAUCACUACCUUCUGCACUGCUCCCACUGCCUACCGCAUGCUGGUCCAACACGAUCUGAGCAGCUACAAGUUCACAAGUCUGAAGCACUGUCUAUCUGGAGGGGAAGCGCUCAAUCCUGAAGUGAUGGCGAAGUGGAAAAUCCAGACAGGGCUGGAUAUCCAUGAAGGUUAUGGCCAGACCGAAACAGUGACAAUCUGUGCCAACAUGAAAGGAACGAAAAUUAAACCUGGCUCUUUGGGAAAAGCUGUUCCCCCUUAUGAUGUGCAGAUCAUAGAUGACCAUGGGGCUGUUUUGCCUGCAGGAGAAGAGGGCAGCAUUGCUGUCCGAAUCCAGCCCACACGGCCCUUCUGUCUGUUCUCUGAGUACCUGGAUAAUCCAGAGAAAACUGCUGCCUCUGUGCGUGGAAAUUUUUAUGUCACUGGGGACAGAGGGAUUAUGGAUGAAGAGGGAUAUGUCUGGUUUGUUGGAAGAGAUGACGAUAUCAUUAAUUCUGCUGGGUAUCGUAUUGGCCCCUUUGAAGUGGAAAGUGCAUUAAUCCAACACCCAGCAGUGGCAGAGUCAGCUGUUGUCAGCAGUCCUGAUCCAGAUCGAGGGGAGGUAGUCAAAGCCUUCAUUGUUUUAACUCCUGCUUUUGCAUCACAUGAUCCAGAAAAAUUAACUCAGGAGCUUCAACAGCAUGUCAAGAAAGUGACUGCACCUUACAAGUAUCCAAGGAAGGUGGAGUUUGUUCAAGAUCUGCCAAAGACACCUACUGGGAAAAUCCAGAGAAAGGUUCUAAAGAACAAAGAGUGGGCAAGAGAAUGACAAGGGUGAGAGUGAUCUGGAAACCAGGGAGAGAAAAUCUCCAUCAUCUGUGCUGGUCAUACCGUGUGACACUGAGCAUAUGGUCAUGACCCAGAGCACAAGGAAAACAAGCUAUGGAAGAAAAAGGAGAAAACACCCAUAUGGCUUGAGGAUGUGUGAUGUUGGAACCACUUUUUCCAUUGACCUACAGAUUUGCAGAAGGCAGAAGCUGCAAGUAAUAAGACUGUGGAAUGGGAGAGAGAAAGGACACACCUAGGAGCAUACAAAGGUUUAAUGUUUGUACUGGAAUUUAUAUAAAAAGCUUCCUUAAAAAAAUAGGUGUAACUACAUGAUUUUGAUAACAAGUAAAUAGGAAAUUGAAAAUAAAAAUAAUGUUUGUCUUGAGGUGAGUAUCAACAAUGAAUUGACAUUCAAGAACUACUACUGUAACAUUCUCAAAUUCUUUCAGAGUGGAAAGCUGUUUUAUUUUAAUGCUUCUCUUCAUCUUGAUGAAUUUGAGAUCUACUUAAGUGGUUAAGGCAGGGGAAAAAAGAAGACCCAAAGUGCUUCAGGUUAAGGUGCAAAUUAUGCACAAUUAACAAGGGUGUCAAUGAUUACAAGAAAAAGGUUACUUCAUGGAAACACUUUUGCUGCUUAGUCUGUUUUGUUUUACGUCUGUUCUCAUUACUUCAGAAGAAGCAAAAGAUAAAGUAGGAAGGGUUUCACUUCACAUCCUUUUUGACAGACAGUCCGGGUGUUGCAUCUCCAGGUGAGCGUCUC